AAAUGAAGAGACUCAUUUUAAUUAAUUUUAAUGGGAAAAAAUCGCUCAUAAAAAUAGUAUAAAUAUUGUAUAGUAUUAUAAAAUGAUAUCAAAAAUAUUAUUGAACAAAAAUAUAUUACAUUGAUUUUCUUAAAACCAAAAAUAAAACAAUCAUUUCAAGUACCAAGUGUGACCCAAAAAUGAAGGGACUUCUUAAUUAAUUUUAAUGGAAAGAAAAUGCUCCUAAAAACUGCAUAAAUAUUGCAUAGUAUUAUAAAAUCUUCUUAAAAUUCUAAAUUCUAAAAUAUAUUACACUGAUUUUCCUGAAGAAAAAAAAAGAAAAUAAAGAAAAUAAUUUCCAGUAGCAAGUGACUAGAGUUUAAUUAAUUUUAAUGGAAAAAUAGCUCCUUAAAACUGUAUAAAUAUUGCAUAGUAUUAUAUUUUUGUUCAAUAAUAUUUUUUUAUUAUUAUUUAGAAUUUUAAGAAGAUUUUAUAUUACAUUGAUUUUCCUGAAGAAAAAAAAAGAAGAAAAGAAAAUAAUUUCCAGUAGCAAGUGUAACCCAAAAAUGAAGAGACUCGAGUUUAAUUAAUUUUAAUGGAAAAAUAGCUCCUAAAAACUGUAUAAAUAUUGCAUAGUAUUAUACAAUCUUCUUAAAAUUCUAAAUAAUAAUAAAAAUAUAUUAUUGAACAAAAAUAUAUUACGUUGAUUUUCCUGAAAAAAUAAAAUAAUAAUAAUAAUAAUUUCAAGUACCAAGCAUUACCCAAAAAUGAAGAGACUCAGUUUAAUUAAUUUUAGUGGAAAAAUAGCUCAUAAAAACUGUAUAAAUAUUGCAUAGAAUCAUAAAAUCUCCUCAGAAUUCUAAAUAAUAAUCAAAAAAUAUUAUUGAGCAAAAAUAUAUUACAUUGAUUUUCAUAAAAAAAAAUAAAAAUAAUUUCAAGUACCAAAUGUGGCAUGAAAAUGAAGAGACUCAGUUUAAUUCAUUUUAAUGGGAAAAAAUAGCUCAUAAAAAUGGUAUAAAUAUUGUAUAGUAUUAUAAAAUUAUAUCAAAAUUCUAAAUAAUAAUCAAAAAAUAUUAUUGCACAAAAAUAUAUUACAUUGAUUUUCCUAAAAAUAAAAUAAAAAAAACACAAUCAUUUCAAGUACCAAGUGUGACCCAAAAAUGAAGGGACUCAGUUUAAUUCAUUUUAAUGGAAAGAAAAUACUCCUAAAAACUGUAUAAAUAUUGCAUAGUAUUAUAAAAUCUUCUUAAAAUUCUAAAUAAUAAUCCAAAAACAUUACUGAACAAAAAUCGAAUACGUUGAUUUUCCUAAAAAAAAAAUUAUAAUAAUUUAAGUACCAAUUGUGGCAUAAAAAUGAAGAGACUCAGUUUAAUUAAUUGUAAUAGGACAAAAAAAUAGCUCAUAAAUGGUAUAAAUAUUGUAUAGUAUUAUAAAAUGAUAUCAAAAUUCAAAAUAAUAAUCAAAAAUAUUAUUGAACAAAAAUAUAUUACAUUGAUUUUCCUGAAAAAAAAGUGUGACCCAAAAAUGAAGAGACUCAGAGGAUUAAAUGCUUCAGAUGAAUGUGUUUAAAGUCCAGCUGCACACUCACUCUAGCAAUGCUUUGAAUGUUGGUUUUCAAAUAUAAAAGAAGAAGAAUGUAAUUUUAGUCUGAAUUCUAUAACAUUUAUAUGUAUCAGACGGUUAAAAGCAACUUACUGUGCAUUCAGACUAUACUUUUUUUUUGUUUUGUUUUUUUAUCAGUACGUGUGUUCCCUGGGAAUUGAACCCACAACCUUUGCACUGCUAACACAAUGUUCUGCCACUGAGCUACAGGACAGGAACUAACACUAAAACUACAUGAACUCAAAAAUAUUCUAAAAAUUCUAAAUACAGUUUUUGCCUAUUGCUUACACACUAAAACCGAAUGCUUAGACCAAAGCCUCAAUACCUAAACUUCUUGCAGCAUACCUUAAACAGUGUAACCACAGCUUAAACACAUUGUCAACUUUGCACUUUGUUUGCAAUUCUAUAACACACUUAUUGCAAAACACUACACACGUUUUCUUACAUUAGACACUUUGUUCAAAAACGAAAUCACCUGUUAUCAUUGGGAAAACACUCUGUUCAAAAUACUCAUCUGGCAACUGUAGGCACUUACAUACACACCUGAAAACACUUGCACACAAAACAGAACACCAAUCGGUCUGAGCCUUAGCACUACAAAUAGACAUCAAGUAAGCCAUUUUGAGAACUUUGCAAGCAUGGAGGCAAUGAGAGUCAGAGUAAGAGGAGGACAAAGAGAGAGAGGAGUCGGACGUGGACGUGGAAGAGGACGAGGACAAAGACGAGGACCAGUGCGGAGACGUGUAUCAGAUGACAUCAGGGCUGCUCUGGUGGACCAUGUGAUAAAUCAUGGCCUGUCCGUGAGGAAGGCUGGGCAAAGAGUCCACCCUAACCUCAGUCGCUACACAGUAGCAUCAAUAAUAAGGACAUUUCCGACUGGAGAACAGGUAUAUCUUCGAGUUUCUACUCCAGACUGUACCUACUGUAUGUGUCACAUGAUUCUGUAUCAUAUUACAGUAUUACUGUACUAACUGUACUAUGCAAAAUGGGUAGUGCUGUGAAGUAUAUGUAAAGGAAUACCAUUGUGAUGUUACAGUGCUGUGUACAGUUUGAAAGUACAGUAUGUGAAAAAGAACCUAACCAAUGACAUCUUGUGGUGGCAUUUUCUACAGAAUGGUUGGACGACCUCCUCAAGGUGGAAGGAAACGGCUCUUCACUCAACAACAUGAGCUUGCCAUCAUUGAAAUGGUGCGAGAAAAUAAUGCAAUCCAACUUCGUGAGUUGCAACAACGUAUAAUUGCAAAUAGAAAUAUAUUCAACAAUAUCAACAGGAUCAGCAUUUCUACACUAAGUCGCAUCCUACAGAAACAUACCUUCAGAAUGAAGCAGCUGUACAGGGUGCCAUUUGAGAGGAACAGUGUCAGGGUCAAGGAUCUGCGCCAUGAUUAUGUGCAGACAGUUCUGGAUUUUGAUGCCGGCGAACUACCACAUGAGUUCUUCUAUGUGGAUGAGGCAGGCUUCAAUCUGGCCAAAACCAGGCGUCGGGGCCAUAAUAACGUAGUUGGACCAAGGGCUGUUGUAAAUGUCCCUGGGCAGCGUGGAGGAAAUAUCACCUUGUGUGCUGCAAUUAGUGUCCAAGGAGUCCUGCGUCACCGUGCCACUCUAGGUCCCUACAAUACAGGACAGAUCAUUGCAUUUCUAGAUGCACUACAUGCAGGACAGACCACAGCAGCCCAGGUUUGUUGUCAUCUGGGAUAAUGUUAGUUUCCACCGGGCUGCUCUGGUCCGAGAUUGAUUCAACAAGUUGUUGACAACAACCAUAACCAUUUCACACUUUUAUACCUGCCCCCUUACAGCCCCUUUCUAAAUGCAAUCGAGGAAUUAUUUUCUGCGUGGCGGUGGAAAGUAUAUGA